UCCCAAUUCUUUAAGCUAAAAGCACCGACGACGAAGCCGGGUCUCUCGUGGAGCUGGCCAACGCUAUGAACCUGAAGAAGGAGACGGUGGGCCGCGGCCGCGACGAGGCGUCGGGGUCCGGCCUUCCGCCGCCCUCGCCGCCGCCCGGGGAUGGUCAGGUAGGGGAGCUUGUCGCCUCCCUCAACAGGCGGCGAAUGUACCGGGAGGUGACGCUGGCCCUCCGUUCCGGCCUCCGGGACGCCAUGGCUGACUUCUCUUUCCUCCGCAUCCGAGGCCUCCGGAAUCUCCUCAAAUUCCUCCGAUCUGUCGGCGACUCCGACGCCUCCAUCCGCCUCUUCCGUCACUCGCAAACCUUUCCCGAGCUGCAAGUAAUUCCUGUUCUAUUUCAGAAUACUUUGCGGCAAAGCAAAGACAAUCCUGUUGUUACUUUGGAUCAUAUAUUUGGAGUGGAGCCUAUGAAGAUAAUUGGUCCUGCAACAGACUCUGAAGUUGCCCUUGCUCUUAGAGUUUUGGAAGGUUGUUGUCUACUCCAUAGUGGGAGUGCAUCUUUGGCCUACAAACACAAGGCGAUAAAGGUACUCAUAAAUAUAUUGUCCACUCGAGGAGUGCUUGAACAAGAGGCAUGCUUGGAUGCCCUAUUAGCAUUAAUGUUGGAUUGUUCAUCCAACCAGAUGGUUUUUGAGGAAUGCCGUGGCAUUGAAAAGGUUACAGAACUCAUAAAAGAUGAACAAGGAGGUGAAAAUAUAAGGUUAAAAUGUGGAGAGUUCCUACUGAUACUCAUUGGGCAUGUAAAUGGGAUGGAAAACUCUCCCUUGGCAAACAUACAUGAUGAUGUAAGGCGACUUUUAGGUGAGAAGUGUGCAUCUCUAAUAUGGGCAGCAAGCCAGUUUGGAUCAACCCUAGACCCAGAGCAGAGGCAGACUGCAUUGCACAUCCAAGCGCGACGUGUUAUAGAGUCCUUGGAGCUAUUCUAAUGGAGGGUUUUGGCCUGCUAUAUGUGUCAUUAUCGUCUUAAGAUUUCUUGUACACUAAUCAAUACCUUUAUCUGAAUCACAAUUCCCUAAUGUGAGAGAACUCUUUUUUCACCCAAGCUUUUUUGUUCAUCCACUUCUGUUGGUACAAUAACAUAGAAUUUUCAAAAUUUGUGCACUGUGAGAGGAUUAUGCAUGCAAGUUCUU